AUGCCGCCGACUGAGAAUUCAGAUGAAAAAGGAUCACAGAAAUCAGGAAGUAAUAAUAACAAUGUUUUAUUUGAUCAAUCCAAAAAUGAACAAGUAUCUCUAUCAAAUGGAUUUAAAAAAUUACAAGUUCAUCUUAAAAUUUGGAAAUUAUCAAAUCAUCGAGAAGAAAUUACGGCUGAACGUCUCACACCAUUUCGAUUAUUUGUUAUUGCAAAUCCAAAAGAGAAAUUUACCACGGGAGAAUAUGAUUCAAUGAAACGUUACAUUGAAAAUGGUGGUAGUGUAUUGAUCACGUUAAACGAAGGAGGAGAAGCGAAACAGUCAACAAAUAUUAAUUUGUUUUUAAAAGAUUAUGGUGUUCAAGUUAAUGAAGAUAGUGUUAUUCGAGCUGCCUAUUUCAAGUACUUCUAUCCAAAAGAAGCUCUAAUUUUAGACGGUGUUCUAAACAGAGCAGUUGCAGAUAAUGCUCAUCAAAUAGCAUCUACAACAAAUAAGAAGACUCAAAAUAUUGUCGUCGAUAAAUCAGUACGAGCAAAAGUAGCUAGAUCAUUGGAAUUUGUUUAUCCAUUUGGUGCAUCAUUAAAUGUUCAACAACCAUCGGUUCCUGUGCUAUCGACGGGAACAACAUGUAUUCCAUCUCAACGACCGAUAUGUUCAUUUUAUACAUCACCAUCAAAAGGAGGUGGUCGUUUAUGCGUAUGUGGUUCCACUCAGAUAUUUCACGAUAGUUAUCUUGAAAAAGAACAAAAUAAAAAAUUAUUGGACAUUAUAAUGGAAUUUCUUACAAAUGAUAAGUUUAAAUUAAAUGAAAUUGAUGCAGAAGAACCAGAUAUCUCCGACUAUAAUCAGUCGCCUGAUCUUAUCGCCAUGUCUGAAAUGUUAAAAUGUAGCUUACAUGAUGUUGAAGAAUUACCAAAAGAUGUUCGAAAACUUCUUGAUCAUCAAUUGUUCAAUUUAGAUUUAUCAUUAGUACCAAAAAUGAUACGUGCCUAUGAAGAUCUUCAAAUAAAACAUGAACCGUUAUCAUUAAUUAAACCACAGUUUGAAACACCUAUGCCACUAUUGAAACCGGCUGUUUAUCCACCGUUGUUUCGUGAUGUUGAUCCACCAGCAUUAGAAUUAUUUGAUCUAGAAGAUUAUUUUGCAUCAGAAACAUCACGUUUAAAUCAAUUAGCAAAUAAAUGUAAUGAACAAGAUUUAGAAUUUUUUGUAAAAGAAUUUGGUAAUAUAGCUGGAAUAUCAAGCAGAAUACCCGCUGAUCAACGUGAUGCUAAACAUAUAUUAGAUUAUGUGUUAACACAACUGUUUGAAUUUAAGCGUUUAAAUGUUGAACAAGGGUUGGAUGAUUAUGAACCAGGUAUGUAUGGAUCAAAGAUCGUCGAUUCAGAUAGUCUUCAAUGGAAUUCAAGACCGACAGUUGCCUCUAAUUAUGAUCGUCUCGUUGUUGACGAAUAA